AUGGCUACUACAGCGUUCCACAUUAGGUCAAUCAGUUUGCCCAGUAGACCGCAUAAUCAUAGAGUGGAAGAGAUUCUCAACAAGCUCAAGACACUGGAAGUAUCUACUACAUCAACAGCAGAGACUAUCUGCAGUAGUCUACUUGUUUUGGAAGACCUAUACAAAUGCGCUGAUGAUCUUCUUAACUCGCCACACCUCUCCCAACAUGGAAAAUGGUUUGAAGAUUUAUCGGAACAGUGCAUGAGAAUUCUUGAUGUCUGUGGCAUGAUAAGGGAAUUAGUGUCACAAUGUAAGAGAUGUAGAAUCAUCUUUCAGAAGGAGAAAACAAGAUUCAAACACAGAAGCCAGCAUAGUCAGAUUUGCCUCUUUCAGCAAAAAGAUGAAGAAGGACGCUAA